ACUUGGAAGGGGUGGCUGAUUCGACAGAGCCGAGCACUCCCGAAUGCGUUCGGUAGUAGAGCCGAGAUCACCGGAAGGUUGACACUCUUGUGUUUAGGGUGGGCAGGGCUCCGGAUUGAGCCGAACCGAGAAUGCUGGAACAUCGAACCGUUUGCGCAAGACAGGAUUGGGUUCUUUAAAGUCCGCCUAAGUGAAUAGGCAGGAAAGACGAACCUCGGAAAUUCGACAUGGGAGGGUCUGGGUUCCAAGUUUCUAAAAGAGGGUGUGGCUUGAGCAAACCGCCAAUCUACGUUGAGGUUCGGGACUUGAUGGACACACCCGAAAGAAGACACCCACUUUGCGAAAAGGACGGUGCACCGCUAUGGCGGAGGAUGCUGGUGGUGGAGGUUGCUAAUGGCCGCUCGCUGGUGUGGGGAGCUGAGGCCGUGCAGGCGCUGCGGGAGCGCCUGGGAGUCGGGGGCCGCACGGUGGGCGCCCUGCCCCGCGGGCCCCGCCAGAACUCGCGCCUGGGCCUCCCGCUUCUGCUGUUGCCAGAGGAAGCCCGGCUUCUAGCUGAAAUAGGCGCCGUGACGCUCGUCAGCGCCCCGCGCCCGGAUCCCCGCAAUCAUGGCUUGGCCCUAGCAUCGUUCAAACGCCAGCAAGAGCAGAGUUUCCAGGAGCAAAGCACUUUGGCAGCCGAGGCCCGUGAGACCCGUCGUCAGGAGCUCCUAGAGAAGAUCGUAGAGGGCCAGGCUGCCAAGAAGCAGAAGCUGGAGCAGGAUUCAGGGGCGGAUGAAGGCCAAGAAGCCAGUGGGAGCGAAGCUACCCAAGGGAGUGAAAUCAUUGAUGAUGGCCCGGCGGCCAAGAAGCAGAAGCUGGAGCAGGAUUCAGGGGCGGAUGAAGGCCAAGAAGCCAGUGGGAGCGAAGCUACCCAAGGGAGUGAAAUCAUUGAUGAUGGCCAGGCGGCCAAGAAGCAGAAGCUGGAGCAGGAUUCAGGGGCAGAUGAAGGCCAAGAAGCCAGUGGGAGCGAAGCUACCCAAGGGAGUGAAACCAGUGAUGAUGGCCAGGCUUCUGCGGAGCAGGAGGGAGCAGACUCGUCAUCUCCCCCAGACUCUUCAUCUCCCCAACCAGGGCCUUCAAACGGGGUGACCCCCUUGCCCAGGUCAGCCCUGCUCAUCCAGCUGGCCACGGCCAGGCCUCGGCCGGUAAAGGCUAAGCCUCUGGACUGGCGUGUGCAGUCCAAAGACUGGCCCCAUGCUGGCCGCCCUGCCCACGAGCUGCGCUACAGCAUCUACCGAGACCUGUGGGAGAGAGGCUUCUUCCUCAGCGCAGCUGGGAAGUUCGGUGGUGACUUCCUGGUCUAUCCUGGUGACCCGCUGCGAUUCCACGCUCACUACAUUGCUCAGUGCUGGGCUGCUGAGGACCCCAUCCCACUUCAGGACCUGGUCUCUGCCGGCCGCCUGGGAACCAGUGUCAGAAAGACCCUGCUUCUCUGCUCCCCUCAGCCUGAUGGGAAGGUGGUCUACACCUCCCUACAGUGGGCUAGCCUGCAGUAAGCUGCAGAUUGAGGGGGGUGUGGCUAUGUGUCCAAGAACCCUCCUAGAUGGUCAACUCCUCCUCCUUCUCACCCCUCAUCUUGCAUGGAGGCUUGUGUUCUCCCGCCUUGCCUGAUUCCAGAGUUUUGAACACUAAAUACUUUAUAGUUUUUUUUUCCUGUUUUAAGGCGCUUACUAGCUAUGUUGUUUUAUUUUUCUGUCUCCAAACUGUGAGCUUGUUCAGAGUUGAGACUGCUCUUAUUUGGCUCUUCUGUUUUCUAAAGGGCAGUUCUCAAUAAAUUUGUUGAAUAAAUGUUCGUAUUUUGAGUCCUUACAA